AUGUGGGCUCUGGCGGCGUUGGGUCGCGGCAGCAACAGCGGCACGGCGGCGGCUAAGCGUCGGGUCUCGGCGCGGUUCGGCAGCAGCGUCGGCGGGCGCUCAGGCGGAAUAAACGCGAGCGGAACAGGGGGGCUCCGGUUUCGUCGGAUCUCGGCUGAAAACGAAAUCGGGUGUCAACACCCUUGUUUCCUAAAUGAUGUGAUGUCUCAAAUUUUUCUAGGCAAUGAAGUUGGACAUCUUCCACCACUAAACAUCAAGGGAUACCUGCUUGGCAAUCCCUUGACAGAUGUUCUUUACGACUUGAAUUCUAGGGUUGUAUUCGCGCAUCGAAAAGCGCUCAUAUCAAACGAAAUCUAUGAGUCGGCCAAGAACAACUGUAAGGGCGAAUACAUGCAUGUCGAUCCGGAAAACGUGGACUGUGGAGUUGAUCUUCAAUCUGUUGUCAAGUGUAUUGAGAAGAUAUUCAAUGCCCAUAUAUUGGAACCAAAGUGCGGUACACUGAAUCCAACACCGAAUUUCCUGAAAUGGGAUCGACGAAUUCUCGGGGAUGGCGGCUCAGAGAUCAACCCCUUAGCAUUGCUCGAAUCUCCCGGACCGUGGUGCCGAAACUAUGACUACCUCUAUUGCUACGUAUGGGCUAACGACAAGACUGUUCAAAAGGCGCUCCACAUUCGAGAGGGGACUAAAACAGAGUGGAUAAGGUGCAACGAGAGCUCAUCUUACGCUCAUGAUGUCAUUAAAUCCACCGAUUAUCAUCAAAAUCUCACCGAGAAAAAACUCCGAGCCCUUAUCUACAGCGGAGAUCACGACAUGGUUGUUCCAUAUAUCGGCACAAUGGCAUGGAUCGAAACUUUAAAUCUCUCUCUCUCCACUGAUUGGGAGGCCUGGUUCGUGGAUGGUCAAGUCGCCGGGUUAGUAUGUCUGCAAACACAUGUAUAUGCACGAUUUUCUGCUGUUCUUGACCAAACCUCACCCGAAAUUUGCAUUACGAAGUACGUACAGCUCGCUCACUUCCUAUUGCUUCUCUCGGUCUAG